CUGGGCUUCGCUCGAUCCGGCAGUUCUCAUUCAAGAAACAGAAAACAAACGACCGUAGAAAUUGAAGCAUUGAAGCAACAGUAGAACUACUGCGAGAGUGUGUUGCCGAUGUAGAUCGUGAAUAUUAUUAUACGCGGGACAAUAUAAUUUUUAAUUGAUUGAUCGAUUCGUUUUAUUGACUUUUGUUGUGUGUUUUGUGUUUUGGGUGAUAUUUGAUUUUUGGAUUCUAUAGUGCUGGAUCAUAUGCAUGAGUUCAGAAUGAUUAUUCGGUGGCCUCUAGUUUUUGGACUGUUGCUCUGUUGUAUUGCCAGUGUCACUUGCAGAAAUAAAGAUUUAGAUACAGUAUCAGCUUCAAAAUGUCCAAUGCUAACCGAAUGUCCAUUCAGAGCCGAACAAUGUCAGGAAGACGAUGAUUGUUCCCCGGACGCAGUUUGCUGCAAGAGUCCUUGCGGGAAAGUUUGCACCAAACAACUAUUUACUGGUUGCCAAACUCUCCGUAUGGCAGCAUCCAGACGUGCCAAAGCCCUCGGUAUCGAGUCGAGAAAAGUCAGAAUGCCACGUUGCAAUAAACAAGGCGCCUUCGAACCGAUCCAGUGCGACAAUGAAAUUGUCAGCUCUUGUUGGUGCGUGGACGAGGCUGGAUUCGAGCUUGCGGGUACCAGGGCACCUGCUGCCGCUUUGGUGAAUUGCACAGCUCCAAAACCAUGUGCAGAAGCGACCUGCAGAAUGUUCUGCCCUCACGGAUUCGCCCUAACCAAAGACGGAUGCCCUAUGUGUAGGUGUAGAGACCCUUGUGACGACAUAAACUGCCCUAACGCUUUAGAAUGUCAUUUGGAAGAACUGGCUUGUGCUGAUCCACCUUGUCCUCCUGUACCAACAUGUAAAAGAGGCAGGAGUCUGGAUAAUAUUUGCCCAGUGGGGGACCCUUUGAGAAUCAGUGAAACAAUUAGACCGUUUUUAUGUGGCAACGAUGCUGGAAAACCCACUUGUCCGCCAAUGUAUCAAUGUUUAGUACAAAAAGGAAAUGACUACGGUGUCUGUUGUCCGGCCUCAUUGAAAAUCCAAAAAACCGGUCAGUGCCCGAUAAAAGUCGAAGAUAAAAAUUUGGAAUGCGGCAAUUUGUGCACGCACGAUUUGGAGUGUCCUUCUGUCCAGAAAUGCUGUCAAACUGAACAGUGCGGAUCGUCUUGUAUGCAUCCAAAGAAUGUCACAGAAUGUUACCAUCAACGUGCCUUGUCCGAAAUCCUAGCAGUAAGCGAAAGAGCUGGCAGAGGCUACGUUCCGCAAUGCACCAAUGAUGGCCAAUUCGAACCGAAACAAUGCAGCAGAAACGGCCUAGUGUGCUGGUGCGUCGACAGAAUGGGACGCAAAUUGAAAGGAUCCAUGGGACCUGGCGAUAUUGUGAAUUGUUCAAUAAUCGCAGCGCGUUCCCAAUCGGUAGCCAGAAGUCUGGAUAAAAACGGUAACGAAUGCGAACGUCUCGAGUGUGCUGCUGUAUGUGAAUACGGCUUCAAAUUAGGAGACGACGGAUGUCACACUUGUAAAUGCGACGAUCCUUGCGAUGGGUACACUUGUCCUGAAGAUGAAGAAUGUGUUAAUGUGAAAGAAGCCAAUUGUGCAGACUUUUUGUGUCCAUCUUUGCCAGUUUGUCGACCGAAAGCUGUCUAUGCUAAUCCGUGCGAACAAGGAACUCCGUUGACUGAUGACUUGAGUGGAGCUCCAGUAGCUUGCGCGCUCAGAUCGGAAGAUGGAACAGUUUGUCCCAAUUCCUACGAUUGUACAGCCGUACCUGGAUCUACGCAGGCUGUAUGCUGUCCUCUAGAAGGAAUCGACGAAGUUGAACUUGAGGGGGAGGCUUCUGAAGAUUAUAAUCAGGCGGAAGAACGACCACAAACUAUGUGUGAAUAUCUUAAAGAAUUUACCGAAAGCAUGGAAGGUACCAGGGAAGGCAUGACAUUAGCCCUGCCUACACCGGAAUGCGACUCUGAUGGUAAUUAUGUCGCCACUCAGUGUGAUUCUGAUACAAAUGAGUGUUGGUGUGUGGAUAAUUUUGGAACGGAAAUACCAAAAUCAAGAACCGAAGACAAUUCUACCAACUGCGAAGAACUCAAGAAAUCCAUGGACUGCCUCGACCUGACUUGCCGCAUGGGCUGCGAAUACGGAUUUAUUUUAUCUGAAGAAACCGGUUGUCCGACGUGUCAAUGUAGAGAUCCGUGCAGUGACGUUUCUUGUAAAGAUGACGAACAAUGUCAGCUGGUUGAAGUUAGCUGUAAAGAUCAUUAUUGUCCUCCUGUACCUGCUUGUUUACCAAAGAAAGUGGGACAAUGUCCCUACUUAGUACCGGCCACGUCACCGGUUUGCGAUUUUGAAUGCAACUCCGAUUUGGCUUGUAACGGAACAAUGAGAUGUUGUUCCAACGGAUGUGGAACCCAGUGUGUCGAACCCUUAUUAUUUACUGCAUGCCAACACCAGAAAACUCUAGCCCAACAUCAAGCCCACGAGUCCGGUAUGCCAGCUGGAAAAGUUUACAUUCCAACUUGCACGGAAGACGGAAGCUUCACAAUGAAACAGUGUCAUCCAGGAACUAAGGAGUGCUGGUGUGUAGAUCAAAAAGGGUUCGAACUAUCCGAAACCCGCACCAAAGGCGACAAUCUAACCUGCGAUCCAGCGCCAGUAUCCCUAAAAUGUCCCGAACUGGAUUGCCAAGAAGACUGCGAACACGGCUUCGAAAUUGAUGAGGAAGGCUGCAGAACUUGCGACUGUGUAAACCCGUGCUCGAAAAUUUCGUGCCGAGGCGAAGGUGAAACUUGUAGACUGGUCGCUGUGGAAUGCGUCACGUGGCCUUGUCCUUCGGUGCCCAUGUGCCUGCCCAAAAAAGAGAAUCCUUGCCAGAACGGCGAACCUCUUAAACUCGGAACCAGCGACGAAUUGUUCACUUGCGGACCGGAAUCGGAAAGUUGUCCGUCGUCGCACAAAUGCCAACUGAGUCCGGUGGGAGAGUACGCUGUUUGUUGUCCGAAACCGCGAGAUGUUUGUUUCGAACCUCAAGAUCCUGGCAGAUGCCAGGAAAACGAACUUUCAAGGAACUUGACCAGAUAUUAUUUCAACUCGAGGACUAACAAAUGUGAAACUUUUAUCUAUGCAGGCUGUCAAGGGAACCACAAUAAUUUCCAUGGCGAAGCCAUGUGUAAUAUAGUUUGCCCAGUUUUGAGUCAAUGCGAACGGUUGAGGGAAAAGAACCAACGCGCAUCAGAACGUUACAAGAAACCGACGUUCGCUCCAAGAUGCGACGCACAAUCUGGAAACUGGCAACCGGUCCAAUGUCUGGAACAUGUCGGGGUAUGCUGGUGCGUCACGCCGAACGGGGAACCGUUGAAAGGAACCCUCACUAGAGGCGCCGAACCCGAGUGUAACUAUAGACAAGCCAGGAAUCGGGCUAGUAAUCGGAUGGAUGUUGCUAGCGAAGCAGAUUUGGUUCUUGAAGAACUAAUGAUGCAACUUGGCUCUCUAGACGACCACUCGGACCUAGAACAAGAUUCAUCCAUAGAUCGAAUUGACAGUGAUAUUGAACUACCGGUGCUCACAAGGUGUCAAGCUCUCGGAGGUCAGUGUGACGAGGACGGCAAAUUUUUGCCUACUCAGUGCGAGGAUGAAACUUGCUGGUGUGUAGACGAGGCCGGAAAUCAACCGGCAGGAUCUAACACGUUUGUUAGAGGACAAAAGAUUUGUAGUGCAGUGCCAUUAGAAAGCGCCGACGUAACUCUAGGAUUCCGUGGUGAAUUUGACGACAUCAACGCUAUGCCUGUAGUCAAUCAGAUAACGAAAAUUGUUCAAAGCCUGAAUGGCAACAUCAACGAAAACGGCCUUAGCAUAGAAACUACUUCAGAUAUGCUCUACAUUAAAUUUUCUCUGAUUGGCAGUAACAAAGUUGAUGUUGCUUAUAGAUUGGAACAAAUGGUUAUGCAACAGAGAUUACCAGGUCUAACAGCAGAUAUCACGAGAUCCCGGGUCAUUCACAAACCUCUGACACAGGAAGCAUCUUUGGAAGACAGAACAGCAGCUCUGCAACACAGAGAAAUUGUAUCGCAAGCUCCUGUAUCUGUAGUAGCUCCUUAUCACACUGCUCUUAUUGUGAUAGCUGCUGCGUCAGCUUUUAUUAUAUCUGUAUUAACAGUAUUAGUAAUUUUGUAUAAGAGAAAAAUGCACAGUAUAAACCAACAAAAAAUCAUAGAAGACAACCGAUUUGUGUCAAAUACCAGACCAAUUUACAUUGAGUUACCUAAUGAGAAAUAUCAUGCAAUACCAACGGAUGUGGUUAAAAAAGCGUGACUGGAUUUAGUAGCUUAGGAGUGCAAAUUAUUUAUAAAAAUGCUCGAUUAAAUAACAUUUAUAUUUUUUAUAAUAACAGAUACAGUAUAAGAUUAGACAAGAUUCGUAUUUUCUACAAAAUUAUGCCAUUUUUUGGAUAAAUCAUAUUAUGUUUAACUACCUACGUGAUCAUAUUUUAAAGACUUAGCUGUAACAUAAAAAUUUGGCUUGAUAUUAUUGUCUUUCUGUUGAAAGAAAUAUAAUAUUUUUUGAUUUUUCAACAAAUCGACGAAAUUUAAAAUUUCAUGGGCCAGAAUAAUUUAUUUAUAAUGUAAGAAACGUGUAAAUAUUUAUUAGGUUUUAAGAUUUUAUGUUAACCAAGUUGCAGAUUUAUUUAUUUUUUGUAAAAAUAACAUCAAAUCUAAAGUUUUUUUUAUAACAAAAUUGCAACAAAUUCAAUAAACGAUAUUAUAAAAAUAAAUACAUAUUUGAAUAAGUAGGUGUUUUUUUUCUACCCUUUAUACUAGUGGAGUCUAUUUCAGAUGCCUUAUUUUGGAUAAAUAAAAGCUAAAUUCUUUUGGCAUCAUUUUCGAGUAAAUAAAAUCAUAAAGUCAAAAAUAUAAAAAGAUUUCUACUCCAUAAAAAAAAAAUUGGUAUUCUAUACUUAAAUUUAAAAAACAUAAUACUGACUUAACAUUUUAAAGCAAAAAGCUCACUAAUAAUCUACUAUUGCAUAAUAUAGACAUUAAAUACCUUAAAUUUAAUUCCUAAAUUAUAUUAGGAAACAACCCUGCCUUCCAUCAGUUCAAUUCGAUCAAAAUCUGAUCCAGCCUUUUAGUCAAACUUCAAUGAAGUACUAGCUGAACUCCUCUCCUUGCCUUUACCCAUCUUUUUAAAUUUAUCCCUUUUUUUGGGGGUAAUAUUUCCAGAUCCAGACAAACUAUCAGGUGAGGAGCUGUUGGACCUUGUGUGACGGAGAUUUUUUGCCUCAUCUGUUUCUCCAGUAUCCGUGUUUAUGGCCUCUGCUAGAUCUGGUUCUGAACUCCUUUUUGGAGUACCUUUUUUCUUAGGCGAGAAACUUUUAUCCUUCUUUCUAUUCAUUCUAGGAUUCCAGUCUUCAUCGUUAUCGUCAUCUGAAUUAGCACUAUAGGAUGAAGAUGAGGAUGCACCUUUUUCUUUAUUAGUCGCUGCUCUUCUUGAUGCAUUCCUCGAAGAUCUACUAUUGUUGCUGAGACCUGUUUCAAUCAGUGUUUAAACUCCAGAAGCGAGCAGUGCGCUUUAU